UAUCCAGUUUAGAACUUAUAAAUCAAAUUUUAUUUACUUUAGUCUGUGAAGUUUAUUUAGUGUACCUAAAUCAAUCUAGUACUUUAACUAUUUGCGGUUUAUAUAAUUCCAAGGCAACGAUAAUGUAAUUUUAGAACUCCUAGAGCACUCAGCAAGUGAGUGCUGUAUAAUUUGUUAUUUCAAACUGUCACGUAUUGGAACAAUUUACCUUAACGUUGUUACCGAAAUAGCUUUACUGUUUUGGCCUGAGAAGAAUCCCUCAGGGAUUAUAAAUUUACUAAUAAUGUUUAAACAUCUUUAGUUAAUAAACAAAUAUUCUACACAAUAUACUUAAAUAAAAAUUAUCAAUGAAGUCCAACAUUCGAGAACUCGCUCUACUAAGCGACAAACCUUGUGUUGUAGAAGGAAGACUGAAUUACAAAAAAGUAGCAAAUGGAAGCUACCGAAAUCAAGCAGUGUUCAAGGAGAGAUGGUUUCGCCUCAUAAACAAUUAUUUAUUCUACUUUAAAAUUAGUGAAAUGGGGAAGUUUGAUACAAAAACUCCAGCUGGAGUAUUUGUUAUGGAAAACUCAUCAAUACAAAUGGAACAUGGACAGAGUAUAUCAUUCUCCUUUUCAAUAUCUUUUAUAGAUGAACCUGAAAAAAGGCAUGUGUUUGCUGCUCGUAGUGAAGAUAAUGUUGUGCAGUGGGUAAUGAAGCUUCGCCAGUGUUCAUACGAGUACUUACGCAGCCAGCUUCAUACCUUACAAUCAAAAAUAUUCUCAAUCACUGGCAAAGAUCCGCUAUUGCUGGUGCCAAGAAAUGAUGGUGCAUGUUUGUGGGCUCCAUCUGUGCCAUUUUCAACUGUUCCAGCUUGUACCACAAAUACUGGCUCUUUCAGCUGCCAUCUUCACACCAACAAUGCAUUCACACUUGAAAGAAGUAAAUCAGACGUGCAGACUCAUAGACAUUUAAAAGCAGAAUACAAUUCCAAAACAACGUUCUACAUUAGUGAUCAUUCUGAUCGUGAGGAAACUAAAGAGGAAUCUCAGAAUUAUGCACUAGAGAAAAGUAAAACAUCAGCAUUCUUCACUGACAGUUUAAAUACUGUUGAUAUAUCAAUAUUUGAUAACCGACCAGCUUAUUCUAGGGCUGCUCCGAGCCCUCCUGUCAGAACUAAAUUAUCUCCCGGCACCAGACGCAUUGAAUUGAAUAAAGAUGUGAAGACUAUUGCAGAUCAAGGGAAGUUAAAAAGCUUAGGACAACUAGGUAUCCUGGAUGUAGCACCCGUACCACCUAAAAGGAAGGUAUCGCCUAGAUCUUUGGAUAAUAGCAGCAGAGGAUCUGAAAACAAUAUAAGUUCUGAGAUGCUAUCCGAUACCAGUGAAGAUCUCAUUAAAUUUUGAUGGGUGCAUUAAGUAACACAAUACAUGUCUAUCAAAAGUUUUGUUCCCACCAAGUUAAUAAUAAUUAUUAUGAUGUGGACUCUUGCCAUACACAAGAGAAUUAAUACGUAAGUAUAGAACAUUUUGUACAUUUGUAUGCAUUGUGAUAUAAAAAAAAUAAGUUACUACUGUAUUGCAUUUAUUUAGAAAUGUUUAUGAAGAGAUUGCUCAUAAAGCAGCCUUUUUAAUCGUUGUCAAUAGUUAUAUGUACAGGGGUUUACUACCAUCAAUAGAUGAAAGUGCAAUAUUAUUUUUAAAAACAUAUCUGGUCAUAAAUUGGGCAUAGUAAUUGGUAAUAUGUAGUAGCAGUGAGGUACCUUCUAAAUAAAUGUGACCAUUAUGUUACAAUAGUUAUGCAGUUUAUGUCACACUUUAACAGACAAAAUAUUUUAAUUGUCAAGACUACUUAUAUAUAGUUUGGAUAUUUUCGAUUUACUAUGUCCAAUCGGUUGUUGUAUAAUAAAAAAGUAGAUUCACAUUGAGGUUUUUUGAGUUUUUUUAGACAUUUAGGUCUUUACAGAUAAGUUUGGCGUAACGUUUUGACUAGUAGCAGUAUUUUUUCACACUCUGACAUUCAGAAUAGUGCAUAACUGUUGCGCCAAUAUGCUAUUCCAAAUUUAUUAGAGAACAUAAAUAAAAUAAUACUGCUUUAAGUGACGGUAGUAAACCUUCACUUUGCACAACCCUACUUGACCAGGCUAAAGAAGGUUCUCUGAGAUGUGGAAUCAUUAAAUGUCACCUCACAAUACUAUUGAAUUCUUAAAAACUAACCACUUGUGACUUCCUGUAGUCUGGCCAACUCGGAUCACGCUUACGUUAGUUUCUACUUUAAUUAAUUAAGCUUGUAUUGUAUUCUUAUGAUCAACUAUGCAAACUUAUAUUAUAAUUCAUAAUAUUCUAUAUGGCUUCAGUCCAAUUUAAGCCAAUUUUCCUAUAAUUUGACACUACUUCUUGCAACACCUGUUUAUCAUUUUAAUAUAAUAUUGUUUCUUGGGACACUUUCCUUGGGUUUGUUCCACUUCCCAUAAUUAGUUAUCCCAUCUUAUAGUGCAAGUGACAUACCUGAUGUCAAGUGCAUUAUAAGUUAUUUGCCUUGUCUGGAUACUACUUCUUGGGACAACCUGUAUAUCAUUUCAAUAUAAUAUCUUUAUUUUGGAAAAGUUUUUUCCACUUCAGGGAAGUGGAAAAAACUUUUCCACUUCAGGGAAGUAUGAACGUCACUUACACUAUCAAUUAUAAGGGGCAUCAUAAUGACACUCCUUUUAUAUCAUUUUAUUAUACUAAAUUUAAUGGAAAGUUCUGUUCCACAUCUCAUUCAGGCAUUUCAUUUAAAUUAGAAUUUUUAUGGCGCUUCUUCUUGGUAAUGCUACUUCGAACAACCUGUCUAUCGUCUUAAUAUCUUUAUGUUGGAAAAGUUGGUUCCACUUCCUAUUCAGGUAUGUCACUUGCACAAGAAGUAAUAAGACAAAUGACAAUGUAGUUCCACAGGUUUUGACCCACGACUACUAGUUCCGUCCAUACGGCGCCGCAUCAGUCCUUAAACUGGUGAUCCAUUGAGAUUAAUAAUACCUACUGUUUAUAUCGUUUUAGCAGCAGUAAACUAGUCCGUCUUAACAUAAUGUAAAGCGAGCAUGUUAUUCCAUUUCAACUAAAAUUAUAUUAAAAUCCUAUUUUCUUAUAAUGUUAAAGCUGUGUUGCUGUGUAAAAAAAUUCAAUUAUCAAGUAUAUAAUUCUGUAUUAAAAAAGGAAUAAAUAUUUUUGUA